AUGACUGAACUCAGCUUCCUGUGCAUAAAAGGCUUUUACUACAGAAUAGUCCUGAGAAGCGCGAGAUCGUAUCGAAACAGGCUCGUUGACCUUCGAGAUCUUGGUUUGACAUGGUUUGUUCUCGUUUUUCUUUCCGUGGUCUACGAAGAAUUAGCAGUAGUAGUAGCAAUAGAAGUAGCAGUAGCAGCAGCAGGAGCAGUAGCAGCAGCAGGAGCAGUAGCAGUAGCAGUAACAAUAGCAGUAGAAGUAGGAGUAGAAGUAGCAGUAGCUGUAGCGGUAGCAGCAGCAGAAGCAGUAGCAGUAUUAGUAUCAAUAGAAGUGAAAGUGGCAGCAGCAGCGUCAGCAGCAACAACAGUAGCAGCAUUAGCAGUAUCAGUAGUUGGGACAGUUCUUUAA